UGUGGAGUGCAGAGCAGCAGGCACGCAGCCAGAGACUGACUGAGCUCUAAGCGGCCUCUCUUCAGGUACAACAGGUGAGCAGUCUGAAUGUGGACGACGUGUGAAGUUUCUCUGGUUAACUGUGCAGCUUGUAUGAACUGAACUCAACAUGUGUGGAUAGGCAGCGGCUACGAAAUGCUUUACACUGAGUUACUGCGGUUAUGGGACGAGACGGUGCAGGCGGCGGAUGCCAAGGACUGGGAAGGAGCUCUGUCCAAAAUGGAGCAGAUCAGUGAACCCAAUUCUCACAUUCUGUUCAACGCUGCCUCGGCUCACCUGGUCCUGGGACAGCUGGACCUGGCCGUGAAGGCUUUAGACCUCGCUCUCGCCAAGGAUGAACGACUCGCUGUCGGCUUCUUCCAGAGAGCAGGAGUGAUGAUGCAGAUUGACAGGCUGGAAGAGGCUCUAUCAGACUGUAUUUGGGCACAGAAGCAUAUGAGAGGAAACAUGGUCAUUGACUACAGACAGCUGGGACUGCGAUUCAAACUCUACAGCUGGCAGGUAUUAUAUAACGCAGCAGCUGUGUACUGUCGGAUGGGCCAGUGGGAGCGGGCCAGGGAGGUUCUGCUGUCAGCCUCCCAGGAGAGAGGAGCAGGCCGAGGGGGAAACUUGGAGGUGGCUUUGGACAGCGUCCUGAGGGGAGAGGUCCUGGCUCCUCUCAUGGUGCCUGAGGAUGUGAUGUUUCGUCCCAGGAAACAGGAUGUGGAGCAGCUGAAGCAAAGAGACUUCCUGGGCAAAGCAAAGGUGAUUUCCUCCAUGAUUCCCAACGAUGAUUUUGGAGGCUUUGAACCUCUAAGGAUGCAGAAACCUGGUUUCUAUGAGCCCAAGGUGGAUGGAGCUCAGGAUUCUCGAUACAUGCGUAUGCGGACUCCUUACAUGGGUCGGGGCCCAGGACAGCUGACUGUGCCAGGAGGGGCCAUGGUGUUCUUAUUUGGCGAGGAAGACAGGGAUGGGAUGGCAACUGUCAUAUAUGAUGGACAGAGAGGACUCCUGCCAAUGUCCCUGCUCGAGCCUGCAGAUGUCAAGAUGGCUAAAGGCAAAAAGGAGAAUAGAGUUCCCAGUGGGAUCCCUCUCCCACCGGCACUCAAGCCACCCACUCGCCCUCAGCUUCAGCCCAGCUCUGUGGCUCCACCUCGAGUCCGUUUUACCUCAGACACUCCACCUCCGUCCUACACUACUGCCACCCACGCUCCGCUGCCUGCCUCUGAGCCUCCCCAGUACACAGCCAACGCAGCCAGCAACCAGCAUGACGAUGAAGCUCAGGGAGCAGAGGCGUCCUCUGUGGUGGUAAAGGUCCACUACAUAUACACCGUGGCUCUGUCUGUCCCUCUGGACACAACGUACAGUGAACUGAAGGAGCACAUUGCAGAGAAAUUGGGCCAGCCAGCAUCUCAGCUGCGCCUCAGACAUAAGCAGCAUGGGUCCCGGGUGCUGAUACCUCUGGGUGGGGAGGAGGAGCCGGGACACACUGUGCAAGAGGUGGCUGAGGCUGGCAGAGCCACCCUGUGGUGCCAGACAGAAGACCCCCUAGCCAACCGUACCAUUCUCUAUCAGAUGGUGGCGCUGUAUGACUACGCUGCUCAGGGCCCAGAGGACCUGGAGUUCAGUGAAGGAGACACCAUCGACAUCCUGGGUGAAGUAAACGAGGAGUGGCUGGAGGGACACACUGCAGGAAAUAUUGGCAUCUUCCCCAGCUGCUUCGUCUACAGGGAGAACGUCGACAUCAUUGAGAGCUCGGAGGUGUAAAAGCAGAUUUGCUACUGUGCAGUCGUCUCCAAUAAACCUACUAACCCAAGAAUGGUGGGCGCUCACAGCCUCAGAAUAAACAAACAACACAUUUAUAGUGGAAUCACUACUGAAUUCAACAUGCUUUCAAAAUAUUUCCUUCUCAUAUCUAUAAUGUUGCUUAGAGUUUGUCUCUGAUUCUGAAGAGUAUGUAUAUAUUAACCCUAAUGUACCUUUUCUGUUUUCUGUAUCCUGUGGUAUCUCUGUGACAUUCCUGUUAUAUCCUUUACUAUUCACGUGAGGGUCUAUACUGAUCUUAUUGAGCUUUAUGAAAUUUUUAUCCACUCGGGAAUCAGCAGAAUGCUCCUGUAAUAUUACAGGGAUAAACUGAUCCUGGUCCGGCAACUUUAAAGUGUAUUAACCCCUUCAAAACUGAGAAAUUGGUUUGAUUUAUCUUGCCAAUUAGCAACUUAACAAAAAAUGACUCAAAAGUGAG